AGGGAAUGAAGACAUUGUCGAAGGGAACCUGAAGCUGAUCCUUGGCCUAGUCUGGCGCAUCAUCCAGAAGUUUCAACUGAGCAGCGGGGCGGGUGCAGCCGUGACCGGCAGCCUGGAAGGGAAUGCUCCUCCGCAACAGAAGAACAAUCAGAAGGUCCCCCCUAAGAAACUCAUGCUGAAAUGGAUCAACAGUGUCCUCCCGGAAGACGCAGGAGUGGUCAAAAACUUCUCAACAGAUUGGAAUAGUGGAGUCAUUCUCAGUGCGCUUCUGAACUACUGUGACCCUGAGCUGAUGCCAAACUGGCGUGAACUGGACAAGUCAAAUGGUCUUGAGAACUGUCGUGAAGCGAUGCGGGUUGCCAAUGAGAAGUAUGGUAUUCCAAUGGUCGUAUCCCCAGAGGAUCUGAGUAACAAACACAUUGACGAAUUGAGUGGUAUGACGUACUUCUCGUACUUCUUGAAGCACGAAGGUCCGGGUUGGUAUGCAACGCUUAAUUGGGUGCGGAAGAACGUCCCAGAGGAAGACGUACAGAAUUUCAAGUCUGAUUGGAAUGAUGGCCUUGUUCUUUGUGGCUUGGUGAAUGCAGUAGGAGGGGACUGUUCAGACUGGAAAGAUAUGGAUCGAGACGACAAGAUUAACAACUGCCAUAAAGGUAUCAUAAGAACUUUUAUAUUUUUUAACUGUGAGAAAAGGCUUUACCUGUCAACAUAUCAUCUAACACCAUUUAAAACCCUUCUUCUCGAGUCACUACACAAGUUCUAUCCAGUGAAAGGGUUCAAGAUCUGCCGGCUUUGGGGUUAAAGGACUUCAGGGGAGCGUUCCAUCAAUAUUGAAACAGUGAUGAAAAUUUGAACCAUUAGGAAUGCAUUGAAAAUUAAUUGACUAUUUGUACACAAAUAUCCUGAAAUUAAGCCUGUAGAGGGUUAUCACCACUUUGGCAUGGUGAAACUGUUGAUCAACAUCUGCCGCUCUCCACCCAGGUGAAGUAAGUGGGUAGUGGGUACCUGGUAGGAAGGAAUUCCUUGAUUGCUCAAACACUUUAACAGGGUUGGGUUUGCUCCCAUGCUUGAUCGAGGUAGCCGUGGUGAACCAGGGGUAUGAACAAUAUGCGCUUAGAAAUAUACAGUAUAUAAAUGUUGCAUAUUAUCAUUAUUAUUAUCAACAUCAUUAGCAAUGCUUGAAUUAAUUCUACCUGAGUAAGACGAAAAUAAACACCAACACCUUGACUUUCACCUAAAAAUCUUGCAUCAUUGUUGAAGUGUAGAAUUCAACAAAAUUUGUCACACAUAACAUUAAACUUCACUUUAUCCCCCUACGUUCAUUGAAAUCACUUUGGAAUUCAGUUGAUCAAUAUACAAUAAAAAAAGCUUGGAGAUGCAGAGGUAGUUGCUUGCUUCUGUAAAUUACUUUAUAUCUUUUUUAAUAUAAGUGUGAAAAUUGAUGACAAAUCAGCCAGGUCAACCCAUCAAGGUGUAUCUCAUAUUAUGUUUCACUCUAUAACAAUAGAUGCAGGAAAUUCCGUGCAAUCUAGCUUCAUAACAUGCAUAUUCACAUAGAGGGGGCUAUUCCAUAUCAUACUUCUUGGAAUAAAGUCUAAAAACCUGACAUUUCUUCUUCUUCUACUUUAUGUAUUUUGUGCAUGUUAUAUUCCAUAAAUAGGUGAAUAAAAUUUUUUAUUAUGAAACAAAUGUUCCACAUUUUUCUUGCUUUCUUUCAAAUCAAUAUGCAGAUUUACUGGAUCCCUACACAGCUGGUUAUAUAGACAAAGAGCUUAUGAAUUAAAAUCUGUGUAUUUUCUCUCUUUAAACACCUGUUAUUUUCUCACAAUGCUUGGCUAUUCAAUGCUUUUUUGUGUUUGUUCCAAAAUCGGCCUAGUGGUGUUUACAGUUUCUUUGUUAUCAAAUAUCUUUACUGCAGUAUUUGGUAUCCAUACAACAUUCAGUACUUGCUACUUUGCCUGAUAAUAUUGAAUAAAUUUUGCAUCCUUGAUGCAAAAUUCAAAUUUUUAAGAUUUUCAUUCACUAGCAUACUAUUUUACAUAAUAUCCCUAACAUCUAAAGCUGUGAUCAAGGUAUACACAAUAAGUUUCGAAAUACAGAUCCAAACUCAACUAAAAAUAAAUCAACUAAAACAAAGGAAGGGGGAUAUGAUCUUUCUCCCAUCCCAUAUGCCUGAAUAAUAACUAAAAAACAAAAGAUCACUUAAAAAAAAGGAGAACAUAUUUUUCUG